CUCUCCCAUUUCCCUCACUCUCACUCACUCUGUACUAACUACGCUCACUACUAACUCUCUGAAAACAAACCCUACUCUUACUCCCGUUCUCCUCCAAAAUGCCCGCCGGACUCGACAUGUCACUCGAUCAAAUCACCACUCACCGCCGCACCACCUCCAACCGACCAAAUCGCCACCUCGGCGUUCGCAGCAACUCAGUCAGAAUCACUCCUUACUCCAUUUCUCACUCUCAGAUGCUUGAAAGAGAAGCGUUGCGAAGAAGCAAUGUUGAUGAUGUUCCUCAAGAAAUGGUUCUGGAUCAACCUCACCAGAAACCUAUCACCAAACUCUAUUUGUCUAAUUUGGAUGAUCGGGUUUCCAACGAAGACAUUCAUCUGUUGUUCUCGGAAGAGGGUGAGUUGGAAAGUUACUCCAUUCAUUAUGAUCAAUUUGGGAGAUCAAAAGGAACAGCAGAAGUUGUCUUUACAAGGCAGUCUGAGGCUUUAGCCGCUCUCAAGAGGUACAACAAUAUGAAGCUUGAUGGAAAGACAUUGCAAAUUGAGCUUGUUGGAACAAGUUUGGUUACUCCUGCUGCUGCGCCUCUUGGACAAAGUAGCUUACUAGGAAAACCAAAUGAUGUCUUUGCAAGGUGCAAAAUUCCAAGUCCUGGUCUUAUGAGCUCUGGAACAAAUUUGGUUACUCCUGCUGAUAUGCCUCUUGGUCGAAGUAGCUUACUGGGAAAGCCAAAUGAUGUCUUCGCAAGGUGUCAAAUUCCGUUUCCGGGUUUCAUUAGCUAUGGAACAACUGUUGAUAUGCCUCUUGGUCGAAGUAGCUUACAUGGAAGACCAAAUGAUGUCUUUGCAAGGGAAGAAAGAAAAUUUGGAGGUAGCAAGUACAAUAAUAGCUCUACAGCAACACAUGGCUAUCUUCCAAGAAAGGACCAUACACGAAAAGCAAAACGCCAGAUUCCAAUGGUGUCUGCGAAAGAUCUUGAUGAAGACUUGGAGAGGUAUCGCUCAGAGGCUCUGAAGGAAAACAAAGGAAAAGGAAAGGGAAAUCAUGAUUGAUAGCCUCUGAAGGAAAACAAAGGAAAAGGAAAGGGAAAUCAUGAUUGAUAGCUAGAAUGAUUCCUAUUAUAUGAGUAAAUAGGUUAGAAAAGCAUUGGAUAAAGGAUUAUGGUCAUAUGUUUGGGAUUCUGAUUUGCAUGAGUUUAUUUAAACAUAUAUUAGUAUGCCCUUUGUACAUGUCACUUGAAACUUCAAAGUUUGGACAGAUUUAAUGUCUGUUUGGAAAUUAGUAUUAACAAACAUGCUAUUAGUUACUGAAUUUGGUUCGAGCGCUUAUCAA